UUCUCGACUCGAGAUGCGCUUCGACCUGUGUCACUGUCUCAAGCUUACCUUUUAUCUGCUGCUUCCAUAUCACUCGAGAACCCGUUUGUCAGUUUUUCUUCCUCCCCAGGAGAGCCUUUCGCUGGCCGCCCAGUCUCCGUCUCUCCGGCCCCGACUUGUCUUAUCUCAGUCGUGGCCUGCACGCGAGCCAACACUUGCUUCGCUCCUUAGCCCAAAUCCGCCGAACUAGGCUCUGACCGGCAAACACUUUCCCUCUUACCGCCAGUUCGUGUGACCACCCCCAGCUCGACGAUGCCAUUAUCACCACUGCGAUAGGACCAACCGUGGACCGCCAGUUCCUGGUCUAAUGUCUCACAUGCAGGACACGCUGAGACGGUGGCCUAAUAAUUGUUCCUCGUUCCAAUUCCAAGCCUUGUGCAUUGCGACGCUAGCAUCCCAUAUAUCUGCUGGACCCUGAAUCUGCUUCCUUCUCCACACUCUCCCAUUUCCCCCCAGCCUUGUUUCUUGAUACGGCGGAAACAUGUUCCGUCAGGCAUCUGGUCGAGAAGGACAUCCCUUCAGGGCUCAGGUCAAGGACGAAGAUGGGAAUGGCUGUACCAGUGGCAGCCAUCACACAAGGCACUCACAUACAGCACCAGACCAGCCCGACAAACAACAACAGAAUGGAUCUGCCUCAAAAUCAGACAUCAACAUCCAAGCCGAUCCUACCGGGAAUGAUCCCACACCUCCCGAAGGAGGCUUACAGCUGGGAGGAGGCCAGACCAUCAAGCUCAUGCUCGUGCCGGACAAGACUCCAGCACCAGCUCCGCCUCCCAAGAAGAAAGAGAAACCUCAUCCCCAGGCCAAGAUGACCAAGUUUUGGGACAACUUCAACCCAGAAUAUCAAGGCAAAGUCACUCGGGUUCUGCCCGAGCGUAUGACCGACAAGAGUCCGUCCCUGGCAAAAUUGGUCGGCGAGAUAGCCCAUCGAGCGACCAACUCUUACGAACACGCCAAGGAGAAUUGUAUCCAAGACGUCAAAAGGAUCAUCAAAGAAUGCCGUGACUCCAACCAGAAAUACACGGAUCCUCACUUCGAUCUUGAAAGAGAUUUGAAGAUCACCAGAAGCCGAGACUGUCUGGAUGGACUAAUGGUCGACCCAAGCGACAAGGAAUUCCCAGCCGACGUGAAGCGUGUUACCGACAUCUUUGACGAGCCAAGGUUCUACGUGGACGGUGUGUCGUACGACGACAUCCUGCAAGGCUCCGUAGGCGACUGCUGGUUCUUAGCCGCCAUUUCUGCUCUGGGUUGCAACCAGGAAUUCAUUGACCGCGUUUGCGUGAUCCAGGACCAAGCCGUGGGCGUCUAUGGAUUCGUCUUCCACCGAGACGGUGAAUGGCACCAAUGUAUCAUUGACGACAAACUGUAUCUCCGAGCCCCCAACUACGACGAGAGCGGAGACGUUGUCCUCGGCCAAUACGGCGUGCGCCGCAGCAACCAAGAAGACCAGUACCAGGAGCUUUUCCAACGGGGCUCACAAGCACUAUACUUCGCCCAAUGCCGUGACCAAAACGAGACUUGGGUCAGUCUUUUGGAAAAGGCCUACGCCAAGGCACACGGCGACUACGCCUCCAUCUCCGGCGGGCAGACCGGUGAAGCGAUCGAAGACUUGACCGGCGGUGUCACCACCGAGAUUUAUACCACCAACAUCCUCGACCCGGACUCCUUCUGGACCAAUGAGCUGUCGCGCUGCGGCAAAACGGCCGACUUCGUCUUUUCCUGCGCCGCGGCGCGCUGGCGCGAGUGGCGGCCCUACCACGUCGCGAACGAGAAAAUCCGCGAAGAACGCCGCUCCGGCAUCGUCAGCCAACACGCCUAUGCCGUCUUGGACACCUACGAAGGCCACGGCCAACGGCUGGUCAAGAUCCGCAACCCCUGGGGCCGCAAAGAGUGGACAGGCGCCUGGUCCGACGGCUCGAAGGAGUGGACGGCCGAGUGGCUCUCGCGCUUGGACCACCAAUUCGGCGACGACGGGAUCUUCUGGAUGCAAUAUAGAGACAUGCUGAGCAAGUACAAGUACAUCGACCGCACGCGCAUCUUUGGCCCCGAAUGGCACGUCGCCCAACAGUGGAUGUCCGUCCAAGUUCCGUGGUCCACAUUGGACUACCAAACCAACUAUUUUUCUCUGGACGUGCCAGAAGACACCGAGGCCGUGAUCGUCAUGUCCCAGCUGGACGAUCGGUACUUCAAAGGUCUGCAAGGCAAGUAUAAUUUCACCUUGCAAUUCCGCGUACAGAAGGACUCGGACGACGACGAGGAGUAUCUCGCGCGGAGUAAGUUGAACUACGAGCUCGUCAGGUCUGUCAACGUCGAAGUCCACCUCGCAAAGGGCACGUACUCGGUUCUAGUAAAAGUCGAAGCUGUGUCCACGAGUCGCGACGACGUCGAGAAGGUCAUCCGCAACAAUAUCCAUCGACGCGAUAAGAUCACUCAAAUCGGCAAACUAUAUGACCUGGCACACCAGAAGGGCCAAUUGCCCGGGAUGUCGUCGACUGGGACCUCGCUGUCGCCAUCAGGCGCGAGCACCCCAGCGGCUGGUUAUGCCAAGGCACCCGAGCCAGCGGCGCCGUCUGGCGGAAACGACGAAUCAAAAGACGAAGAAGAGGCUGAGAAGGAUCCGCAUAGAAAUCCGUGGAAUGCCAGUUGCGUGGUCGGAUUGCGUGUAUACAGCAAACAUCCUGACCUCUCACUGAAAGUGGUUAUCCCGUCGAAAGAGGAAAUCGGCGAGAACAAGCCGACGCUCGAUCGGGACGAUGUGGCCAAGAGUGCACUCGACGAGGUACAGGCUGCGGCGGAGAAAGUUGAGGAGUCGAUCAAGGGGGAUGAUGCGGCGGACAAGGUUGAGGAGUCGGUCAAGGGGAAUGAUGAUGAUGAUGCCGAUGCUCACGACGCUGCUGCAACAAACUCGAACAAGAAGACGGCUUGUGGAAAGAAAGUGAAGCUUGUGGUUGAGAGCGAUCAGGAAAAUGAAGACUCCUCCUCCUCCUCUUCCGACGACGAGAGCGCUGCAUCCUAUGAUGAUUGAGCUGGGCCAAGUUGCAUUUUGUUCGCACGCAAAAGAGGGUUGACGCUGCAUGAGGAUCAUGCCGCCCACUCAAAUGAAUGGCGAAUACUGCGCACAGGACCAGCUCAGCUCUCUUGACAGGUGGCGAGGCAUGCGGCGGAAUGGCACAGAAUGCGUGGAGACGAGGUCAACCGUUCAAGUUUUUCCUUUCGUGAAUAUUCUCAUGCAUUUUGGGUCAAGGUUACAAGGACAAUGGCAAGGGCAAUGGCGCAACUUUGCGGCAUUGUUGUCGGUUAGCGAGGCGCCUGGGCUGGACUGGCAUGGCGCGUGUCGGGUUUGGGUUAUUAAUAUACUGUAUGCAUUGCAUUGCAUCUCCUUUUCUUGCCUCAUGGACAUGGACUUGAAUAGUGUUAGG